CAGCUUCGCUUUACAGCAGCCCGACAAGCAAAGACUGUGCUGGAGCCUGUCGCAGGAAACACGCUACCGAAUUCCCCACAGAGUUGCUCCAUGUAGUCAGCUGUUACUAAAACUCCCGGAUAGUUGGGGGGAUGGUGGAUUCCUAGCUGUGAUCCCCAGACAUGUGCUGACCAAGGAUGGGAAUGUUUUACCUGCUGCUCUGCCCUUCGGCUCCACUGAGAUGAUCCCAGGAGAAUUAAAAAGCGGAUGACGGUGUGAGCCAAGGGAAUUCAACGUUUGGGCCAAGAUAUCCUCCCACUAAGCCAAAAAGAAAAACUGUUCCAGUUUACAUAAAGAACACAAAACCACUCCCUAUCAGCAAUGUGGAUGUGUGGACCACUAUGGCCGUGCCUGGCUCUGAUGUGGGUGGGAAGCUGCAGUGCCCACAGUCUGUUUACCUGCGAGCCCAUCAAAGUGCAUCGGUGCUCGGGGAUGCCCUACAACAUGACCUUCUUUCCCAACAUGAUGGAGCACUACGACCAAGAUAUCGCAGCCAGCAAUAUGGAGCCAUUUAUGCCUCUGGCAACCCUGCGCUGCUCUCCAGACGUCCACUACUUCCUGUGCCAAGCCUUUAUCCCAGCAUGCACCGAGGAUAACAAGGUGAUCCGUCCGUGCAGAGAGCAGUGCGAGACGGUUCUCUCCGACUGCGAGGAGAAUAUCCGAAUCUUUGGCAUCACCUGGCCUCCUGAGCUACAGUGUGACAAACUCGACCCAUGUAGCUCUCCUGGUGAUCCAGAACUUCCUGCAACAACCCCAAUAACCGCCUCCUCAGCUAAGAGGGACCUGGGCUUCUGGUGCCCGCUGCAGCUGAAGACCAAACCGGGCCUUUCAUCAUCGUUCCUGGGCGCAGAGGACUGUGCGCCGCCUUGCUCCAACAUGUACUUCAAACCCCAUGACAUCGAAUUUGCCAAGAACUUCAUCGGCGUUUGCUCCAUCGUCUGUUUGGGCGCCACGCUCUUCACCUUCCUAACUUUCCUCAUCGAUGUGAAGCGUUUCCGCUACCCGGAGCGGCCCAUCAUCUUCUACGCCGUGUGCUACAGCUUUGUGUCGCUUAUUUACUUCAUCGGCUUCCUGCUGGGGAACCAUGCCGCCUGCACCAAAGCGUCUCAUCCUGCCGGCGUGGAGACGGUGGUGCUGGGCUCUCAGAGUAAAGGCUGCACUCUGAUCUUCAUGCUGCUCUACUUCUUCUCCAUCGCCGGGAACGUCUGGUGGGUCAUACUCACCAUCACCUGGUUCCUGGCAGCCGGACCCAAGUGGAGCUGUGAGGCCAUAGAUAAGAAAGCGGUGUGGUUCCACUCUGCUGCCUGGGGGAUCCCCGGGGCCCUGACCGUGAUGCUGCUGGCUCUGAACAAGGUCGAAGGGGACAACAUCAGCGGGGUGUGCUUCGUGGGGCUGUACGACCUGGACGCCCUGCGCUUCUUCGUGCUGGCUCCUCUGUGCGUGGGCGUCGUCAUCGGCCUCUGCUUCAUCCUGGCGGGCAUCGUUUCUCUCAACCACGUCCGGCAGGUCAUCCAGCACGACGAGCGCAACCAGGAGAAGCUGAAGAAGUUCAUGAUCCGCAUCGGCGUGUUCAGCUGCCUCUACCUGGUGCCCCUGGUCACCCUGUUGGCCUGCUACACCUACGAGCAGAGCCACCGCAGCAGCUGGGAGAACACCUGGAUCAACGACCGCUGCCAGGAGUACAGCAUCCCCUGCUCCUACAAGACAACUGAGCACGACCGCCCAGACCUCUCCCUGUUUCUGGUCAAAUACUUAAUGACUCUGGUGGUUGGAAUAUCUGCAGUGUUCUGGGUGAGCAGUAAGAAAACCUGCUCUGAGUGGGCCUACUUCUUCAACAGGACCCGCAAGAGAGAUCCCAUCACUGAGAGCCGCCGGGUGCUGCAGGAGUCCUGUGAGUUCUUCCUCAAGCACAACAGCCGCGUGCAGCACAAGAAGAAGCACCACAACCCGAACUCACACAAGCUUAAGGUCAUCUCCAAGUCCAUGGGCACGAGCACCGGUGAUGCAUCCAACGCUGCAUCCAACGCUGCAUCCAACGCUGCAUCCAACGCUGCAUCCAACGCUGCCACGGCAACCCAUCAAGGACCCUCCGCGCUGGGAAAUCACCAUCCCCGGUUACAUGGUUCUCUGUCCGAGGCCUCAGCCAGGGAGCACCUGGACAGGGGCACCUCCAGCCGGAGCUCCAGGAGGGGGGAGAGGGAGAGAGAUCGGGAGAGGGAAGGUGGAGAGAGACGUAGCAAAGGGGGGGGCUCCUCUAAGAUGAGCAGCCGCUCAGAAAGCAUGCACAGAGUCCCAGAUGGGAGGAUGACUCCAAGGAGCGAGAUGUCAGAGGUCAGGCACGUCACCAGUGGACCGCAGCGUACGGCUCUAAACCAAUCACACAGCAGCAUCAAGCUCUCCACCCCCCAGCUGGCAAACCAGGUGCCUGAGGCGAGCAAGGACACAAAGGACAGCACCUGCUGAGACAUUUGACCCCCCCCCCCAAAUUCAUCCAUGCAUCCAUCCACGAAUCCAGUCACACUUGAUGCCGUUUCAUGUAUCCGUUUCAAACCAUUUUUGUGUCAUACAUCAAAUAAUGAUUGUAUUGGUUAUAUUUGAGUGAUUGAAUGUUCAUAUCCAGCUAAAUGUAACCUACCUUGAGUAUUUCAUAUGUGGAAUGUUGGACCAGACUUUUAGCAGUGAGUUUAAAGGCGUUAGAUUACUGUAUUUCAGCUUUACUGAGCUUUUGGCCUUUCACCUGAAUGUUGCAGCAGCACAGCUAUGAUCUACUUAUACACCACCAAUGGUCUUUUUAUUUGAUAGCAUGCAUAAAAAACAUUAGGACUACUGUUUUGUAGAUUUGUACCUCAUUGUCAUAGAAUGCAUUUUUGAAAACAAAUGCAAUAUUUAUGUAAAUAUUCCAUUUUUUAGAAAUGGAGUCUUUCACUGGACUAGUCGUUACACUGAGAGCUAUUUUAAGAAAGGUCAUGGAAUUGCCAAACAUUCAACUUAAGGACUUCCUGCGGUAAACUGUUUUAUUGAAUGUCUUACUAGUCGGUUUGUCUUGAAACCUCAUCUUGUAAUUUACAUUAUUACUCUUUUGAUAAAAGGCAGACUCUUAUACUUGGUAUAGUUUAGGCGAUGUUGAAAUGUUAUGUUCUCUAUCAAAGACUGUACAUUCACUUGAUGCUUAUUUCUGUUGUACAAACUCUUAUUGCAUCUUCAAAGAAGUGUCCUGUAAGUUUGGAGAAAGUAUAGCUUUAUAGUUUUCUACAAGAAUGUGUGACUUUUUUUAAAAACUUCAAAGAACCUACAGAUGUUUUGCAUGUGUGAUGUCUGCCUAUGUUCCUGGUCUGGGUGUAAAUUCAGUAUCAAUUGUAGAAGAGUAAUCAAACAGACUUUGCACUAUUUGUCAAUGGAAGCACAAACCACUAUUAAUUAGGUAUGAACAUCGUAAACAAAAUGAGACGAUUUGGGGCGUUGUUCUGGUGUUAUUUAUAACAUAUGGCCACAGACCAUAUCCUUCUCCUUUAAGUACUUCCAGACCAACCUCUGUGUUUUAUGUGAAAAUCUCUCCUGUGUACUUUGCUGGGAUCUUUUCUUCCAUUGAGGUUCUAUACCUUGCAUAUGAGAGCCACUGUUCCAAAAACAGCAAUAUAAAAGGGAAUCUUUGUCAGUCCCUUUCUUUUGUACCUGUGUAUUCUUAUUCUGGCAUGUGAAUGAGGUUUUACUGUAGUCUACAAAAUGCUCUUUACGACUUUUGUCAGCUGUUUUUACUUUUGUAUGUAGCCUAUCUGGUCAGCAGAAUUUUGUAUCAAUCCAAUUUUAAUAAAAUAUAAUUGAAUAAAAA